AUGGGCAAGACGCGCACUCGAUUUGAACCUGUCAAUCUUCCCCACCUGCUAAGUCUCUUGAACUCCUCCUCCAACAACAAAACUCCAGCAACCUCCUCCGCUUCGUCUACCUCGAGCAAUCCUGUCAUAGCCAACCACAACGACCGCCCAAGAUCAUCCAACCACAAAAUCAUGCCAGCCCGCCACACCUGGCUCCCGGAGGAGCGCGACGUCCUCCACAUCUGCUUCAAAGAAUACAACCUCGACGACGGCCGCACGCGCGAAGCCUACACGAUCUUCUCGGAACUCUUCAAAUGGUCGCACAACUUCAACCAAGUGCGAGACGAGUGGCGUAUGCGCAGCAAGGCUGGCAAGAAUCUUUCUUGGGGUACAGCGCACGACAAGACGCUUGACAAGUAUGAUGUUGCGGAGCAGACAAGAAGAGCUGCGAUGCGCGUCAAGGUCCUGCGGGUCGCUGGUAAGAAGGAGUUGGGGAUGAAGCCCAUUGCUGGAUAUGAGGAGCUUCAUGCUGCCGGACUUGCUACUUUAGCGGUCGAGGAUAAUGCGGUCCGUGCUUCUGCCUCAACUGCUUUAACUGCCUCGAGUGCUUCAACUCCCUCGAGUGCUUCAACUACCUCGAGUGCUACAACUGCCUCCGGUGCGAAUGCUGCACCAAACGCCGCCUUGGCGACUGCUCCAGAUCCAGAGUCGGCCGGCUCGAGACCAGGUGCAAUGACUUCACCUCGCGCACCAAAAGACCCCUUCAAGCCAAUGUCUUCCACCUCAUCCUUGAUUGGGCAUCUCCCACAGGAUUCCAACGUGUCUGUUUCGCGCAAGCCCAUCGCCGAGCAAAUGAGACUGCAAUCGAACGAGGCCGCACAAGACGUACCACCCGACCACAUCAUGCGUGAAGCUGCAGACAGAGCAGCAAUGCCGCCUCCACCACUUCCAGUCCAUAGAGACAUGAUGGACAUCAAUGACGCUCCCCCUGCGCAACAAGCAGCUCCUCACCGGCGUACGGCAAGUCGUCAACAUCAAGACGUCGCAGUGGAGACUGGUAGAAACGCUGAGUUGUGGAUGGUUCAUUACAUGGACCUUCACCCAAACCCGCACCACUCAGGUACUGGCCGUUUCGCAGAUGAACCUCGCUUCCGCUACGCGCGAGGCUUCAAAUUCAACGGCGACGAACAUCCUGCUUGGAGCCAUGCCGGUCAAGUCAUGCGUAUCGUGGCUGAUCAAGACAUUGCCACUACAGUCCCGAGGCGAUUGGAAGAUGUGAUGGUCUGUAGCAGGCACUAUUGCGAGAUGUGCUUCGACACAUCUUGGGACGAGGAGUUGGAGGGAGAUAGCCCGACAGGUGGAUUGCCCUUCGUCCACACAAAAGACUGCAUUGAAGAGGAUGAUGGCAUUCUUGUAUUCGCUCCUGAUCUUGGACAGGAUUACGAGGAUGAGGUGGAGUGCCGCAUGGAGCGCAAGCGCGUACGGUUUUUUCACGGCGAUGAGAGUGCUGUUGUGCUGAGCGCCGUGUGUGUUGCUGAGAGCUGUCAGCGCUGUUCUCACCGAACGCCUCUCUCAAAUGCGGCUAGCUUCGAGGCCGCAAAGCUGAGGCAUGGCGAUCUUUCAAGCCAAGGUCCCAGCAAUGAGGGAUCGAACGACGCUGCUGUAGGCUCUACUGAGACAGGCGGCAACAAGAGCGCUUCCACCGACCAACCUCCGGCGAGAAGCACACGCAGUGGUGGCCGUCGCGAUAAAGGCAAAGGCAGGGCCGUUGAAGUCAAUGAUCAAGGCAAGACUGCUAAGCGCAGUGCUGCACCGAAGGUCACGAACCUGAACGUCCCAAAGCCCGCCACCGAGAUGCCUGUCGAACGCCUACCGAUGGUGCACUUCACCAACCUCUCUCACAGAAGGGACGUCAACGGUAGCCGCUACCAAGCACUCCAUCCACACAAGUUCGUCGACGAUACUGAUACGUACCUCCGUGGCGGGCAGGUGUACAGCGUCUUCUUCUACGCUUGGGAUGAUCUUCCUGCGCGAUUUGAAGAUGUCACGAUUUGUUACGAUCGUGCCUGCGAAGUGUGCUCGCCUGGUUAUCAGGAUGAGACCGGUGCGUCUGGGAGCGGGCUGCCUUUCGUGCAUCUCACAAGCGAUACGUGGAGUCGAAUGAGCAGGCCGCCAGAUGAGCUUUACUUCAAGCUUGAGAAUCAGCUCAGGGGCGUUGAGUGGGACGUCAACGAGUUUCCGAAAGACGGCGUCAGGGAGGUGAUUUGCAGUUCGGAAGGCAAGAAGAUCAAGGUUCGAGUUGAGGUCUGUGAUCUUGAGGGAUGUAGGAGAUGUCAUCCAGAGGACAUCGAUCGACGAAGCGAUGAGGAAAAGGCUGCUGUUGAGACGGAGAAGGGGCUCUGGAACGAUCGCCAAGCGGCACUCUACGUGAGUCUGGGGCUGGCUGCUACUGGACCGGAAUACCUGCCCGAAGACUUCGACAACAAUGCUCAGGCCAAUGCGAACCAGGCAACCCCACAAGCUGGUCCGUCGAACGCCAUCUCGAGGAACAAAGCAACUAUUCCUCAGCCGAAAGCUCUACGGAUGGUUCACCGUAAGCAAGUAGUUUUCGAAGCUCAUCAGGCCCGCUUGGACCAGUCUGGCCGUACCCUCAAAGUCAUCGAUGACUACUUCGUGCCCGAGGGCUCCGAUGUCUACCUCUCUGGAGGACCAGUCUACAGAGUCACCUUCCCAGACGGUACCACGAGAGACGUGAAGUGCUGUUUGGUCUCAACAUGCGGGCCUUGUCAGCAUAAGAAAAUGCUCAAGGUCCCUAAGGAGGGAGAUCGUUGGUUUGGUGAGGGGUUUGUGCAUCGAAGGGAACUCGUGGAAGAUGGUGGAGUUGGCAGCGCGAAGUCUUUCGAUCCGGUAGCGGGUCAGACAUACGGCAUUCCGAAGAAGGAGGUGCUGUUUGAGAUGGAUGUUGCAUUGUUUCAAGGAGCGGAUGGUGUUAUGAAAAAGACUGGCUGUGCGGUUUGUGUUGAGGGAACGUGUGAAGAGUGUGAUCAGUAG